AUGCAGGCUGAGUCGGGGAUCGUGCCGGACUUCGAGGUGGGCGAGGAGUUCCACGAGGAGCCCAAGACAUACUACGAGCUGAAGAGCCAACCCCUCAAGAGCAGCAAUUCCGAGCAUCCUGGCGCUUCCAAGCCUCCCUUAAGCUCCUCCAGCAUGACCUCACGAAUCCUGCUACGCCAGCAGCUCAUGCGUGAGCAGAUGCAGGAGCAGGAACGUCGGGAGCAGCAGCAGAAGCAGCAAGCAGCCCAGUUCAUGCAGCAGCGAGUACCUGUCAGCCAGACACCUGCCAUCAACGUCAGCGUCCCCACCAGCCUGCCCCCCGCCACCCAGGUACCCAUGGAAGUCCUCAAGGUGCAGACUCACCUUGAGAAUCCAACCAAGUACCAUAUUCAGCAAGCCCAGCGGCAGCAGGUAAAGCAGUACCUCUCCACCACUCUGGCAAAUAAACAUGCCAACCAAGCCCUGAGCUUGCCAUGUCCAAACCAGCCUGGUGAUCACGUCAUGCCACCUGGAACUGGAAGCAGCGCGCCCAACAGCCCGAUGGCUAUGCUCACCCUUAACUCCAACUGUGAGAAAGAGGGAUUUUAUAAAUUUGAAGAGCAAAGCAGGGUUGAGAGUGAGUGCCCGGCUCUGAAUACACACUCACGAGCAUCAUGCAUGCAGAUGGAUGAUGUGAUAGAUGACAUAAUUAGUCUGGAGUCGAGCUACAAUGAAGAAAUCCUUGGCUUGAUGGACCCAGCCCUGCAAAUGGCAAAUACGUUGCCUGUGUCUGGCAAUUUGAUUGACCUUUAUGGCAACCAAAGCAUGCCUCCUCCAGGACUAAACAUCAGCAACUCGUGUCCAGCUAAUCUUCCUAAUAUAAAAAGGGAGCUCACAGCAUGUAUUUUUCCUACAGAGUCAGAAGCGAGAGCGUUGGCUAAGGAGAGGCAAAAGAAAGACAAUCACAACUUGAUUGAACGAAGAAGAAGAUUUAAUAUUAACGACCGUAUAAAAGAGCUGGGCACUUUGAUACCCAAGUCAAAUGACCCGGAUAUGCGCUGGAAUAAGGGAACUAUCCUGAAAGCAUCUGUGGACUACAUCCGUAAGCUGCAGAGAGAACAGCAGCGCACGAAGGAGCUUGAGAACAGACAGAAAAAGUUGGAACAUGCCAACAGGCAUCUGCUGCUCAGAAUACAGGAACUUGAGAUGCAAGCUCGGGCACACGGACUGUCCCUUGUCCCAUCUACAGGUCUUUGCUCCCCUGAUAUGGUCAACAGGGUCAUCAAACAAGAACCUGUGCUGGACAACUGCAAUCAAGACAUCAUGCCACACCACACAGACCUGUCUUGCACCACCACCCUUGAUCUCACCGAUGGUACCAUCACUUUCAGCGACAACCUCGGAAAUGUGACUGAACCAACUGGCACUUAUGGUGUCCCUGCAAAAAUGGGAUCCAAACUGGAAGACAUCCUGAUGGACGAUACCCUCUCCCCCGUGGGAGUAACUGACCCUCUACUUUCCUCCGUGUCCCCUGGGGCAUCGAAGACGAGUAGCAGGCGGAGCAGCGUCAGCAUGGAGGACACCGAUCACGCUUGUUAGCAUAUCCUUGGCACCCCUUUCACAAACUGCUUUGUUUCUUGAUCAGUAGAUGAAA